GGAAAUUGGAAAGUAAUUGAAGUUUCACCGACUCUGUCAAAUCCGUACGAACCGAUGACCUACAAAUUCCCAAUCCUUUCUUCUUCUUUCCGUUCUUUACUUUCUUCUUCUUCUUCUUCUUCUUCUUCAACAAUCUUCACACACACAACUUUAUUAUAAACUCAAACAAACCCUAUGUCCCUCUCUCUCUAACACUUGAAAAGAAAAGGUCCAAUUUUGAUCAACAAGCCCCACAAGCAGAGGCAGAGCAUAUCCCCCCAUGGAGGACUACAACAACAACAACAUUAAUGACCAACAACAGAUUAUAAAGAUGGAAGAUACUAGCACUAUCACCGAUGGCGGCGGCGGAGGCGACGGUGGUGGUGGGGUUUUCUCAUUUUCCGAUAACAUAAUACCAAAUGGAUUGUUUGAUUUUUGUGAUGGUGAUAAAUGCUCUGUUGGCUUUAUGGAGUUGCUUGGUCUUAAUUACAAUUCGGAAUUUACUGAGGCUUUUAAUAAUCCUCCGGCCACCCCCAAUUGUUCUUCCUCCGUCUCCUCCGCCUCUAGCGACGCUCCUAACGACGACGAACCACCACAACAACAACAACAACACAACCCCACCAAACAAGUAGUGAUAAUUAAAUUUGUGAAUAGAUUGAAAGGGAUAAAAAAGAAGAAGGAGAAGGAGAAGGAGAAGAAAGCAAGAUUUGCAUUCAUGACAAAGAGUGAAGUUGAUCAUCUAGAAGAUGGUUAUCGAUGGAGAAAGUACGGCCAAAAAGCUGUCAAAAACAGCCCUUUUCCUAGGAGUUAUUACCGUUGCACGAGUGCGGCUUGUAAUGUAAAGAAGAGAGUUGAACGAUCUUUUGCUGAUCCAACUGUUGUGGUAACCACCUAUGAAGGCCAACACACUCACCCAAGCCCUAUCCUUACCCGGUCCGCCCUAGCCGUCGCCAUUCCAACUCCCCCUUUCACGCCUGGGCCGGGCGGAGAGUGUGUUGGCGGUGUUGUAGCCAUGCCAUGGCUCAAACCUACCAACAAUGAUGCUCAUGGUUCGAUGGUGACAUUCUUCCAGCAAUGUCUCAUCAAUACUUUCAAAACUCGACCUACUUCACUGCCCAGAAUUUAGCCGCCAACCACAACCGAAACAACCACAUCGGAGCAGCAAACGCAGCCGGAAUCCUCCAGGAGAAACGGUUUUGCAACCCAAAUUCUAGUUUCCUUGUAGACCAUGGCCUGCUUCAAGAUGUUGUUCCUCCCCACAUGCUGAAACAGGAGUAAAAAUAUACUAUAUAUUAUCAUAUAUAUAUAUAUAUAUUACAUUAUAUAGAUAUAUAGAUAUAUAAAUAUAUAUAUUAGUUUAAGUUGGAAAAAAGACUAAAAUGGUGUUUUUUUGUUUGAAUUUUAGCCUAGAGAACUGACUUGUGUUGUUCAUAGAAGAUGUUAGAGGGAACAAACAAAAAUUAUGAAAUUGAAAUUUGUUGCUGACAAAGUUUAAUUUGGUGAUCUUCUCUCUCUUGAGGAAAAAAAGAUGGAUUUUUCGAAUGUUGAAAUUUUGGUUACAAGUUCCAUGGAUCUUCUAACUUAAUUGUAUGACCUUUUUUUUUUCUUUUAAGUUUAUGAGGUGAGAAAGAGAAAGAUUGAGAAGAUCAUGUGACAGAAGAAAGAGAAGGAGGGUUCUGUGGUUCUAUUAAAUGAUGUUUCUGUCCACUCUCUUUUGCCCCCAUAUCUUUGUUUUUUUUUCCAAAGCACAAGCAGAGAAUAUUGUGAUUUAUUCUUGACAAAUAUAGUGUUAAAGGUUGAGUUUUUA